UUUGAAAUAUUUACAGUAUUUUACAAGACAAGAUGGAUAACGGAGGCUACGAUGACGAGACCGACGAGACGCUGGCGGAGCGCUUCCUGGGAUUACAGGAAAUGUUUCCGAUGCCGGUUCGCCAAGCGGUGGGCACAGCCGCUAAUGGAAUCUUCAAUAACGCCAAGAAAUUCGCAUCCAACCCCUCGUUGAUGUUCGCCGCAGUUUCGUUCAUUCUGUGGGCACGCCUCAUCCAGAAGAUCAACCGCCUAAACUAGCUGAGGAAGGCGCACUAGAGGGAUUUCCCGUCUGUUCACAUGGCCACACCUUGGACCAUUUUCUUCAAUAUCAAUACAUUAACCAUAUAACCAAUAAAAAAGCAUA